UUGUACCGUCCCGCCUGGUUGUGGUGGACCAGAUGGACCGACCUGUCCCAGCUGGCCUCCUGGGACCUCUCACAGAGGGAGAACCUCUUACUCUCUACUGCGUCGCUACAGGAGGUUGGCCGGUACCGGAAGUCACCUGGUGGAGAGGGUCAACGCUCCUGGCCAAUCACAGCCUCAUCCUGGGACACAAUGGGCCAAUCAGCACCUCCUCCUCCUCCUCCUCCUCCUCCUCCCAUGCCUCAAGUCCCUCCCACGCCUCUUCCCACGCCCCCUCGAUGGUGGGAGCGGGCGUGCGGCAGGUGAGGACGGAGGUGAGCGUCCCAGCCCUCAGUAGGGACUAUGUACACGCCAACCUCACCUGCCGCGCCACCAACAACAACAUCACUGAACCUCUCUCUACCACUCUGGCUCUCCUGCUGUAUUUACGUCCCAAGUCCGUCAGCAUCCGGUCGCCGCAGUCCCCGCUGGUGGAGGGUCAAGAGGCGAGGCUGGAGUGUGUGGCCGAGGGCGCCUACCCCGCCGCCACCCUCUCCUGGACCCUGACCUCCCCUAACCACGACGUCACCACCGCCCUGGCCUCCACCUCACGUCACCUCGGGGAUCGGACCUCCUCCUUCGUCAAGGUAAAACCUGCCGCAGAGGACCACCUGGCCACCCUCACCUGUACGGCUUUCAAUCCCAACAUCACUGCUCCUGGCAUCACCACCACCACCGUCAUACGCGUCGUCUUCGCGCCGCGGGUGAGGCUUGAGCUCGGGGCCAACCUGGGCAACGAACCCAUCACUGAGGGCAAGGACGUGUACUUCGAGUGUGAGGUCGACGCCAAUCCUCCGACCUGGGACGUCAUCUGGAGGAGGAACGGACAACAAGUCACCAACCAACGUAAGUCCGGUGUAUUGGUGUCAGGGAUGAACUUGGUGCUACAGAUGGUGCGUCGAUCCUCAGCCGGUAACUACACCUGUACGGCUGCCAACGCCCUCGGCUCUACCAUCAGUAACCCAGUCAACCUCGAUGUACGGUACCUGCCGGUGUGUCUGGAGGGGCCGCAGACGGUGGCGGUGGCGGAGGGGGAGAGCACUCGCCUCACCUGCCGGGUCGACGCCCAGCCCUGCGACCACCUCACCUACACCUGGAUCUUCAACAACACCCUGGACACCAUCCGAGUCGAUCGUCACCGUAUUAUCCUGGAGCGGGGCCUUAGUAUACUCGAUUAUACACCCAGGUCACCGAGGGACUACGGAACCUUAUCCUGCUGGGCGACCAAUGCAGUAGGCACCCAGGCUGACCCCUGCAGGUUCACUGUCAUCGAGGCUGGACCCCCGGAGCGUGUGGACAAGUGUGUGUUGGUGAACCUGACGUCUGGCAGCCUGGAGGUGGGGUGCACGCCAGGUAACGACGGAGGGCUGAAGCAGAGGUUCGUGGCGCGGGUGUAUGCUGCCCCCACCCACGCCCUCCUGGCCACCCUGGAGGAGGACACCCCCAGGUUCCACGUGGGCGGGCUAACCCCUGGCCAGGACUACCUCAUCACCGUCACCGCCGUCAACGCCAAGGGCGCCAGUCUACCCCAACAGAUCGACGCCGUCCGUCUCAAGGUGGCGGAGAAGCGGAUGGUAGAGGUGGGGGGGUCGUCGCCUCCCGUGUCCCCCCUGGUGGGCGUGUUCCUGGGACUAGUGGGCGGCUUUGUGUUGCUUCUGCUGGCUGGCGUACUGCUCACCCGCGCCCGCUCUAACAGGUGUUGGGGCCACAGAGGGGGUGAGGGAGGCAUGGUGACCUCCAGCAACUCCCCCCAGCCCACCAUCACCACCACCAGCACCACCACCUCCGCCCACCACCACCACCACCACCACCAUCACCCGUAUGACACCGAGGACAGGCCAACCGCACCUGAUGUCCUUAGAACUAUUAAUGCUGAGCUCCUUGAGACGCAGCUGUGUCCUGAGAUUAUACCAGCCCGAGUACCUCCUCCACCUUACUCCAGAGUACAGACAGGCCCCCGGGAGUCGCUGCAGGUGGGGCCUCUGGUGGGCGUGGCGGGACGACCUCUAUACCGGGAGUCGCCAAGCCCUCUCCACCUCCUGCAUGAUCAGAGCUUCGUCUAGGGCGUGGUAGGCGUGGUUCAACCUCCUACGCCCUCUACCACGCCUCCAGCUGAGAUGUAGUUCUCUGCCCACUUCCCGCUUGAUGAGGACUGCGUUACAAGACGUUUGCUCCAGCUUCCCGCGCUCUCUACCACGCCCACGUCCACAGCGAGACUAUUGUGUAGGCGUGUAUGCACUACCCCCAUCUCGACGCCCACCUACACACCGCACGCUACGAGGGUUUUUUUUUCCCCUUUUUUAAGGAGACUAAAGAUGCCUCCUCGGUGCUGAGCGUCUGUAUUACUGGAACAAUGGAACACAGGACAGCUUGAUUUGCCCCGGAAUACACACAAAGAGCGACACUACAGGCAGAAGGGGAAUGAACUAUAGCCUGGAUUAUAGUCUCCAUUAGCAUCUCUUUAUGGAGGGAAGGUAAAUGCCAGGCACUGCUGUAUACCCGUGCUGACGCAGCGUUCGUGGGUGGCGUCUCAGCCUGGCGGUUGAAAGGGCACCAAGAGAAGCAUUGAUCACAAAAUGAUUAAUGUUAAAAGUGUACCGGGAACAGGAACACUUAAUCAUGUUGUCAAACGAUACGAACCAGUCAAACCUAACCUAAGCUGAAUUAACCUAACCUAAACUACAUUAACGUUGGAUUACAUUAGGUUAAAUUGGAAUAGAUCAGGUUUGGUUAGGUUGGAUUAGGUUGAGUUAGGGUGGAUUAGGUUAGGUUAGAUUGAGUUAGGUUAGGUUGGGUUGGGUUAGUUUGUGGUGAGUCUUGUUGUGUUGCAGAGUCAAGUCUUGACUAACUGAACCACAUUAACGUUUGUUAGUCCAAUUUAUACUGAGCCAACCACGCUAAUGAACCCUGACCAAUGGAGCUCCACUUGAUUAACUUUUAUAUACAUUUGGCUGUAAAAUCUCUCUCUCUCUCUCUCUCUCUCUCUCUCUCUCUCUCUCUCUCUCUCUCUCUCUCUCU